AUGACCGACGUCGGUUCUCGUCCGACCCCAAGGACCAUUGAGUCCAUUUGUACAAUUGCUGGCACAAAAAUUCCUAGUGUACCACCUAUUCCACCCGAUUCCGUCCCCAACCUCGAGUCAAUUCGGAAAGUGUACGACAUUGCCUUUGCUCCUGGCCUCGACAAGCUCUUGGAGGCUGGCCAGUCGAAGUGGUUUGCACGGGAAGGGUUCCCUCUACUCUGCAUGGAUCGGACUCAAUUGGGCAACAUGUUGGCGUAUUUGACUUUGGUUAGUAACCACGCCGAUACGCCGACCGAAAAUGCGACACUCGCCAGUCAAGAGGCCAGAGUGACCUGGGCCCUGCUAGAGCUAUGCAUUCGACCGGCGCACGACAGUGGCGAAGAGGCAGACCGACUCGCCCGCCGGUGUCGAGCACUGGGGGCCAUCCUGACGGGUGAACAAUUCAGCAGCCAAACAGCGACAAUGGCUGACUUUGUCCAUCAAGAAGAGGCCGAACCCGAACCGAAAACCAGUGCCCUGGAAAAGCAACUGGGUAGGAGAUCUGAAGAAUUUUGGAACCUGGUCGAAGCGGCGGCUGCAACUCAGAGAGCGGAUGGGUCAGGUCUGUCAGCCGCCGCAGUGAGACAAUGCCGACCAUAUCUGGACGGGAUGGAGAACAGAGAUGUCAUCUACAGUGUCAUGCUGCUGGCAUCUGGGGGGAAUGGCGACCUAACUUCAGAACGAGAACUUGCAAAGAGAUACCUGGAAGCUCAGGCGAAUGGACGAGCCACGAAUCAAGUGUUUGCGACUCUUUCUGGCAUGGCGUUGAGGGCAUUUGAGGGAUAA